GACAUAUGUAGAUGUGAAACUCCCUGCUCAUCAAGCAAAACAUCAAGCAUGUAGAACCCCGCUGUGCAUGGAACAGUCAAAUAAUCUGUGUGUGACUAAGGAACGGAGAGGCGCGAUGUGGAUUUCUCUGCUUCCCCUCACACUUGUGUGGUUGUCUACGACCCAUUCUUUCGCCCGGGCAGAAUACUGUGAAACAGUCUUACAAAAGUGUCAAAGCCAUGUCUCCUGGACCAGGUGCUAUGAGGACAGCAUUGCAAGCUGUAGACUAAAAGGCCGUUCAGCGGUGAACUUCGUUCAUCGGUGGGUGAACUGGACGCAGGAGGCCGAAGGGAGCCCCACUCCUCAUCACAGGGUUCAAAUCUCAUCCGCAGCUCUCCGGAGAGGCAGAGGAGCCGUGUCUGAGGACGAGGUGCUGCUGGUGGCCACUGUGAUCAGCAGCACUUUCUUCAAGCUGAGUACCCCCCCUCAGGGAAGAGGACGCAGGAUACGAGUCAUACCAGACACACCAGUGCAAGGCACUGUUCUUGGGGAGUUAGUCCUGGCAGUGAGGGCGGGGAACCAUCCUGUCAAGAACCUCUCACAAGCCAUCAAACUAACCUUCAAACACAACAAACAGUUGGAGGACGGGACUUGUGUGUUUUGGCAGGAGUCCCAGCUGGAGGAUGGAACAGGAUAUUGGAGCAAAAGCGGCUGUGAUACCAGUUACACAGGGAGUGGAUUCAUUUGCAGCUGCAACCACCUGAGCUUUUUUGCUGUGCUUGUGAACCCUGUGCUAUCAGUGGAUAAAAGUGAUGCUGUGAACCUUAGCUAUAUCACCUAUAUUGGAUCAGCACUCUCCAUCUUCUUCACAAUCUUCAGCUUGAUCAUCUAUAUAUGUCUGCAACGGCGGCGUCCCGAGAAGGCUAUCAGCGUGCAUUUGCAACUAACUGGAGCACUGCUCUGCCUCCACCUCAGCUUCCUGCUGUGCUGCUUCUGGGUGGUGUGGCAACCAAACGAGAACGAGAAGGACUUGGUUUGCCAGGGUCUGGGUCUCUUUUUGCACUGGUCCCUACUGGCCACUUUCAGCUGGACGGCCCUGGAGGGAUUCCACCUCUACCUUCUCCUAGUCCGAGUCUUUAACAUCUACGUCAGGAAAUACCUGCUCAAACUCAGCCUGGUGGGAUGGGGUCUCCCAACAGUGAUUGCAGUGGUUUGUGGGUUUUCAGGUGUUUAUGGAAAAUACAGACCUGAACUGAGAGACGCCAAAACCCAUAAUUCAACAGCGGAGAUAUGCUGGAUGAGCAGCUCCAGGCUGUUGGUCAGCUACGUCACCACUGUGGCCUUCCCAUGCCUGGUGAUACUGUGUAAUUCCUGCAUGCUGGGGCUGGUGGUGUUUAAGCUGUGGGGGCUGAGGGCAGGCACUGGGGGUGCAGAGAGCGGCGGUGGCUCGAAGAAGAUGAACAGAGAAAAAUGGAUAAAGUUAUGGAAGGACUGUGCCACAGUGCUGGGCCUCAGCUUCGUGCUGGGCUUACCCUGGGGGUUAGCGAGCACCACUUACAUCUCCCUCCCUGGGAUUUACGCGUUCACAAUACUAAACUCCCUACAGGGUGUAUUCAUGUUCCUGUGGUCCUUGGCCUUGUCCUGCAAGUCUCGAUCCGACAACAACUCGUCCAUCAGAGACCCUUCUACUCAGAAAAUGAUGACUACUAGUUUCAAUAACUGAUAUACACAGUGACAAGUGUUUUCUCGGUUGCCUAUAUUAGGUUCUUACUGGCCUUUGGACUCCAGUCAUAUGCAGUUAAAUGACAAUAACUUAAUCAUGUCAUGUAACUUCUUUAAAUUAAGUUUGAAUAGGCAAACAUGCCUCAUGAGCAGUUCUAAUAAUUUAUUGUUGCGACAGUUAUGAUUCUUAUGGUUAAAGUAAUAUCAGAACUAAACCUGGCAAUCACUGAAUAAAAAUCAUAAAUAUCUCUACAAGGUGAAUCCUGC